CAAUUAUUUUUCUUCAGUUGUUCUUACAACCAAAACACACCAGAGCUGUACCACGUUGAAGAGAGCUUCCCAUCAUCGAUUUUCUGCGCAACAAGGUACAUACAAUACUAUCAAUUUCCUUCUGUUUCUGCUUUUUCAUUCUAAACUUUCAACUUCAAUUCAACACUAAUUCCUCUCAAAUGUUCACUAUUCAUCGCCACAAAACUCUUCUCUAUCUCAAAGCGUUAACUUCUCAACCAAACCCUAACCCUAUUUUUCACCAUUUCUGCACUGCCACUUCCAAAUCAACCCCAUUUGCAGUCUCCUACCUCAUCCACAAUCUCGGCUUCUCCCCACAAUCUGCUUCCAAACUUUCCUCCACUUACGAACUACGUUUCAAGACAACCCAGAAACCUGAUUUAGUUCUCAACUUCUUCAGAAACCAUGGUGUAUCUGAUUCCCAACUACGUCACAUGGUUGCCAAGGCACCAUGGCUACUUUCUUGUGACCCCUCCAAAAGGGUGUUUCCAAAGUUUCAAUUUUUUCUCUCUAAAGGCGCUUCUACCUCUGACGUUGUUAACCUUGUCAGUAGGUGCCCCGUGCUCCUCUCUCCAAGCCUGGAAAAUCAUAUAAUCCCAACCUAUGAAUUUCUAAGUAGAUUCUUGCAAUCUCACAAGGGCAUUGUUACUCAUGCAAUUCGAAAUCCAUUUUUAUUUACUCACCAUGUUGUGUCGCAUAACAUUAGAAUGUUGAUUGAGAAUGGAGUUCCAGACUCUAGCAUUUCAAGAUUGCUUCGGGUGGAUAGCAAGGUACUCAACACAAAUGGCCUUCUAAAGCUGGUCCAGGAAUUAAAGGAUUUGGGGUUCAAUCCUUCUCAAACCAUUUUCUCAGUAGCAUUGCAUGCCAAAAGAACGGUAAUGAAAGCCCGGUGGAAAGAGAAAGUUGAUGUCUUUAAGAAAUGGGGUUGGUCGGAUGAAGAUGUUCUAGAAGCAUUUCGAAAGCAGCCUCAUUGUAUGUUGACAUCUGUUGAUAAAAUAAAUUUAGUGAUGAACUUUUGGGUCAAUCGGUUGGGUUGGGAUGCUAUAGCCAUUGCCAAAGUACCAAGGAUUUUGGGGGCCAGUAUGGAGAGAAAGAUCAUACCAAGGGCCUUAGUUGUGGAAUUUCUUCUAAAGAAAGGUUUGCGAAAAAAGAAAGCAAGUUUAACUUCUCCAUUUCUAAUCACCGAUGAAACGUUCAUUGACAAAUAUAUAAAACCUUUUAAGGAGGAGUCUUCUUAUCUCUUAAAGCUUUAUGAAGAAAAACUGAAUCUUGCUCACGACAAGGACAACGAAGCUAGCAUGAUAUGAACAAAUUUACAGUGCAGCUUGUGCCUAAAAAGUUUUGUUAAUGCACUGUAAAUCCAAAGCCUCGUGGUAUGGAGGGUCUCUCUCUUCGAUCAACACAUAAUCACAAAGCCGUAAUACAAAAGCACGGUGAUGCAAAGGACCAAUUUAAAUCAUCACUGAAGUGAAAUGAAGCAUGACAAGAAGGUGCAGGACAUGGAGUAAGGAUUGUUGGUACUUGGAUUUUCUAACGAUUAGAAAAAUAUGAUGUGUGUGAAUUGUUUGAGUAAGCAAUGUAAUAUGAAGAGUUACAAGUUCAUAGGAUUCAACACACUCAAGAGGAUGAUUCUGUGUAUUGUUGUGCUUUGAUGAGUUAAUAAAAUGAAGAGAAUAGUGAUUUACUUUGAA